ACUGCCUCUGGUAUAGCCACCGCAUGUAUGGGGUAUAAAAAUGUCUCAAUCUUAUAAUGGCUCAUCAAAACGCGCGGAGUAGCGAUCAGCGCAACAUUAAUAGAGAAGGAAAGUCGUGUCGUUUUCAGAAUCGUCCGCUACGCAGCUUCAAAGUUUUUACUUUAAUUGCAUUCAGACAGCCGUUCAAGCCACCGUUUUUUUUUUUUUUUUUUGUUUACCCGUGCAGCGCUCGGGUGUUUUCAUAGUGCGAUUCUCCAUUUGAAAUAGUAAUUUUAAGGAAGAAAAUCAAAAAGUGUAUUCAAAGAAGAAAUGACUGAUCGAAAUAUUGCAUGUGCUCAAGACGUGCCAUCAAAUCAAAUUAAUGCGCUUCCAAGUGAAGACAAUAUGCAGAAGGAUUCCACGCAAUUGCAAAACAGCCCAUUCGAGCUCAACUAUCUACGCGAACGCUUACUGGGUUUGGAAAAUAUAUUACUUAAAGAUUUCAAAAAACGAUUGGAUGAAGAAAUCGAGGGCGUCGUACAGGAACUCCGCCAACAUGAAUUGCAAACGAACGAAUUUCAUGGAUUCGCUAAGCCACAAAACACCAACACCUGGAGUAAUCGUGUGCCAUUGGCGAAGGAAACGCCUAAUGGGUCGAAGGGGUCUACCGUUGGCUUAGAGAAAAGUACAAACUCAGCAGACAACUUAAAGAAUAAACAUAAAAAGCAACCUCGACCUUUGCCUGAUAAAGUAUUCGUUAUACGGGAAUCUUAUUUAACGGCGCUGCUGGAGGUCGACCACAUGCGUACUAUUUAUCACAUAUUUGCAUGUAUUUUUCUGAUUUUAAUUAUACAAAGCAUUUCAUACGAUUAUUUGACGGAAGGAAGAGUAUACUUUGGUUUGGGCACUUUUAAAUCAUCACUGCAAAAGAUUCAAUAUGUUUUUGCAAUUUGGCUACUGGAGCAUGCAGUUGUAUUUGUACUUUUCUAUGCUUUCAAAAUGUGGGCGACUGUACGGUGCAAAUUAGCAAGGCAACCUGCAUUACAAAGUUUUUGGUCUCACUCCUGCCUUAUAACCUACAUAAGCUCUCAACUGCUAUUGGGCUAUGUCGCUUCUGUGCUUUGCCUUAAACUGGAUCUAACAUUUAUAACAUCCUCGAUUUUAUUACUCGAGUCCACAAGACUGCUCAUGAAAAUGCAUGCCUUUGUGCGUACCAAUGCGGGACGCGUACUUGCAGGCAAACUGAAAGUGGAUACGUCGCCGUCGCCAAAUGCAGUGGAUGCUACUGAGGACAAUGAAAAAUCAACACACAUCGUACGAUUGCCAACUUUUCAGUCUUACUUAUACUUUCUCUUCGCACCGACACUCAUCUAUCGCGAUAGCUAUCCACGUACAUCGCACAUCCGUUGGAAAUUCGUCUUGGCACGCUUUAUGGAAAUCGUUGCGAUAGCUUUCGCUUAUAGUUACAUGUUUGAGCGUUACAUCAAAGUGCAAUUCAGUAAUAUUGGAGUGGAAGAGUUAAGUCCACGCACAUUCCUUCUUAAGUUAUACAGCAUGAUCAUGCCAAAUAAUAUAAUAUUCUUGUGCGGCUUCUAUCUCAUUCUACACGCUUGGUUGAAUUUCACAGCCGAACUGUUACGUUUCGGUGAUCGCAUGUUCUAUAAAGAUUGGUGGACAUCAUCAUAUUAUGAUGUUUUCUUCCGCAAUUGGAAUGUUGUUGUGCAUGAUUGGCUCUACGAGUAUAUCUAUAAAGAUUCAUACAAUCAUAUAUUUAAGGGCGCAAAGUUACCAGCUACAUUACUGGUUUUCGGUAUAUCAGCAUUGGUGCACGAACACAUAAUCGGAUUUGCAUUGAAAUUAUUCUUUCCAGUUAUGUUAUGCUUCUUUGGCAUACUCGCUGUAUCCAUGAUAUAUCUACUACGUACAUUCUCAAAGAGAGUUGGUAAUUUCAUGGUAUGGUUAACACUUAUCAUAGGAAAUGGCCUAUUGUUUUCACUUUAUCCUAUGGAACAUUAUGCCCAAGUAAAUUGUUCAAGAACAUACGAGCAUUGGACAGAUUACUUCGUGCCUACCUUGUGGACUUGCUACAUGAAACAAUAGAGGAUGUGCCAAGCAAGCCAAGGGUACACCUAAUAUUUGCUUGCAAAUAGCGCUUUAGAGGUUAUUGUGUAGAAUUACGAGUAUGUAAAUAUAAGAUUGUAAAGUUAAAUUCUGUAGUGUGAAAAAUCAAAGUCUAACAGUGUCGGUGGAUUGUUUCGAAGCUUAAGUUUUUCUCUUUAAGAAGUGUUCUUUAGCUCACUUAGAAGUUUUAAUGUAUAUCAUCAAUUUAGAUUAAGGUCCUUCUACUAAUUAUACGUACAUACAUUAAGAUUACUUAUUUUCAAAUAAGAACUAUUACUAUUAUACAAAAAAUAUAUAUUUUAUGUAAUUUAAAUUUUGUUUUCGCAGUGAAAAACCCAGAAUCCAUAAUUUUAUAUACAUAUAAAGCUACAUAGAAAAUAAAAUUCAAU